AUGUCUUCCAGCCCUGAUUCCAACUCUCACCCCCUCAUUCUAACCCAUCCUCCUCCGCUCAAUCCAGCCUGGGAAUCACAUAUUCCUCAUCUCCCAGCGCCUAGUACCUCCACCUCCCCUGAUAUCCGCAAAGCUGUAUACAGUCAAAACUGCAUCAAUCAAAACACCAGUCUUCUCCGCACUUCUCUUAUUCACCUUACUCAAGACCUCCUCAUAACCUCUUCUUCCAUCCCUUCACCAUCCGGUCACAAGAUCCCUACUCGUCUCUACACUCCCACUUCCGCCACCAACUCCGCCUCUGUUCCCAGUUCAGAUUCUCAAUCACUAAUCAUCUAUUUCCACGGCGGCGGUCUUUACGUUGGCAAUCUCGAUUCCGAAGAUCUAACAUGUCGUCAACUGUCCCUUUCUCUUUCUCUCACACUCCUCUCGGUAUCCUACCGCCUAAUGCCCUCGUACCCUGCCGACGAUGCUGUCUCCGAUGCACUGACCACUUUCACCCAUCUUUGUACUGAAUUCCCUUCCAGAAAAUUCAUCCUGGUGGGGAGUUCGAGCGGUGGGCAAUUAGCUGCUACUGUUGCUCUGACUUAUCUUCGAGAAAAAGGGAGGAGUGAUGGGAAAGAAGGUGGGCGUAUACUGGGAGUUCUUCUGAGAUGUCCAGUAACAUGUGAUGCUACGGAUAACGGUACAAGUAUCCCAGAAGAAUGGAAAAGUAUACACACGAGUAUGAAAGAGGAGUUUUAUACAGGGAUAUUGAAUAAGCCGGCUGUGACGAGAGAAAAUAGAGUCAAGGGGUAUAAGAUGCCUUUGGAAAUGUUGGCGGAGAUGCCGAAGUUCACUGAGGCAUCCAAACUUGUUGGAAGCGAUCAAGAAGACGUCAAUACAAGAUGGUUCAUACAGCUUUGUACUAAUGAUAUAUAUUAUUCUGACGGGGUAUGUCUUGCGCUUGGGCUGAAAGAGAGAGGAUAUGGUGUGAAGGUUCGAGUAGAAUUUGGAUGGCCUCAUACGUUUUGGUUGAAGGGGAUGGUGUUAGAAGAAGCUCAGAAGACCGAAAUGGAACUUGUUAAAGGAGCGAAGUGGAUUUUAGAUAGACCAGAGGGAGCUGACACCAAAGAGCUGCAGGAACAGAAUGAUUGGGUGAAACAGAGUGAGGUGGCCAACCUGUGA